AAAAAACCCAACCCCUAAUGAUACAAAAAGUGAAUAUUCAAAAUACAUUGAAAAAUACAGUACAAAAUCCACUAGUAGUAUUAAAAUGAAUAAUCCGAACAAAAUUCUUACUUCGACGUGUUUUCCGUAUUUGAGUCAAUCAGCUUCCUGGUCCGAGUUUCCUUUUGUUGCUGUUUAUACGUACGAGCCAGCCCAGGUUCACUGUGAUUGUGCGUCAAUUAGUUCUCACUGGUUAGUAUCAUCAGCUACGUGUCUUUAUCUUCAUCACAAGGAUCUUAGAACAGAGGGAAGAUCGGCGUUUGUAAGCUACUGUAGCAAUAAUUGGAGACAACCCGGUCGAAUCGCUUACGUCAGACGAAGUCUCCUCCAUCCUCGAUUCAAACCAAGCGAUAAAACUCGACGACAACUUUUUAACAUAGGCGUUAUUCAAGUUGCAAAUUCAAUGGCAAACACCUGCAAUGGAUGGCAGCCAAUAUCGUUAAUGUCACAUCAGUUUGUGGCUGGCCCUGAUGGAACUUUAGCAACUGCUGUCGGCUGGGGAUUAGAUCGAUAUGAUACUAGAUAUAGUACUUCCGAAUUACCUUUGCAUCCACUGAUGAUGUACCAAAGCCUCGUGUUCUCUGAUUCAUGUCCUGGAAACUUGGGCUACAGUAAUGCGAAGCUCUUUAAUGAAGAAAGUGUUAAAAAUGUAUACUGUCUGUCAUUGCCACCUUAUAUUAAGGAAGAGAAUGAUACUGUUCACGGCGGUCUACUUUUGGUGGAAGGAAAAUUAAUAGCGCUUUAUUUUCAGGAAGAGCGGCGUUCCUGGGGCCUCCAGUCGGCGCAGUAUACUAGCAUUUGGCGCUUAAUCCCAUGGCUACUCGAUGUAGCACAGGAAAUAGAUGAACUAGACUAA